UUGCAGCGUCCUAUCCGGCUGUGGAAACGAACUUGAAACUUUAUCUCUAACUGAACAGACAUCAGAUUCCCACCACCCUCCCCCAGGAGACAGAGAGAGAGAGAAGAGACACAGAGAAACAGAGAAGAGACACAGAGAAAGAAAGAUAAAAGACACAGAGAAAGAGAGAGACAAGAGAGAGAGAAAGAGAGAGAAAAGACAGAGAGAGAGAGAGAGAGAGAGAGAGAGAGAGAGAGAGAGAGACCUGUUUCCCACAAAAAAGAAAACACUGGGAGCCCCAAAACCUGGCUAGACGUGGCUGAGGGGGGGGCAUGUGACUGGAUGAGAGUGACAUAGAGUUGGCCACUCCUACCCAGGUUUUGUGGCUCCCGGUGUUUUCUUUGGGCAAAUGGGUCCAAAUGGUUCUUUGAGUAUUUGGUUGCAGAUCCCUGCCCUACACUAUUUCUGACAAAUGGCAGUCCAAUCUCUUCUUGAAAGCCUCUAGCGAUGAAGCUCCCACAACCUCCAAAUGCAACCUGUUCCACUGCUUGAUUUAGGCCUGCUUACCCAAACUCAUGCCCUCUAGAACUGUGCUGAAUAUGUCUAGAAGCCAAAGACAGGAUUCAAAAGCUUUACAAAAUCCCUGUUUCUCUCUAGCAACAGAAAAGGGGAACUGUCGUCCUGCUGAACAUAAAGUUUUGAGUUUACCUCUUCUGGUUCAUAGUAGUUGUGGACUUGUCUUGUCCUGGAUCCUCAGCUGAGUGCAUGCUGACUUGCAUUAUUCUGACCUUUGAGAAUAAUAUGAGUUAUGCCCCGGUAAUGUUACAGGAUGAUUCGGCAUAAUCCCCUUCUAAAUCACUAGCUAAAUUAGCACCCAUCAGCAAACCAGGGAUUUUUUUUUACUAGAUGAGAUGCUGUAUAGAGAAAACUGUAGGUGCCAAAGGAAGCAUGGCUUGGUCCCUACAGCAGAAUUGAAGCACUUUUUAUGGGGUCUAACAGUUAACAAACUGCAAGAGUCAGUGAUUGCAAAUAGCAGCAUUUGUGGGGUGGGCGAGUCAGUGACAUCAAAAUGACACUGACUGGGCAACUGAAACUCGCAACCCUUGCACUGAGGAUGUUACCUAGUUAGGGUAAUGAAACAUCUGCAAGAAAACAAGCAAGCUCAGACAGCACCAAGGACUCUACACAACCCUUGCACUAGAUGCAAAGAAGGACUGCCUACCUUGAAUCAUGGUGUCAGCUGCUUUUCAAAUCAUGGGCAUGGCCCUGUCUGUAGUGGGCUGGAUUGGGGCCAUCAUCACCUGUGCCUUGCCUAUGUGGAAAGUGACGGCUUUCAUUGGUACCAACAUUGUGACAGCCCAGACCACUUGGGAGGGGCUGUGGAUGAACUGUGUGGUGCAGAGCACUGGCCAGAUGCAAUGCAAGGUCUAUGACUCCAUGCUGGCUCUGCCUCAGGAUAUGCAAGCCGCCCGGGCUCUCAUGGUCAUCAGCGUGCUUCUGGCCCUCUUCGGCCUGAUGGUUGGCAUCGUGGGUGCCAAAUGCACCAACUGUGUGGAGGAUGAAGACGCCAAGGCACGUAUCAUCAUUGUUGCCGGGGCCAUCUUUGUGGCAUCAGGAAUCCUUUGCCUCAUCCCAGUCUGUUGGUCAGCCAAUACUAUAAUCCGGGAGUUCUACAGUCCAUUAGUUGUGGAGGCUCAGAAGAGAGAGCUGGGCUCGUCCCUCUACCUUGGUUGGGCAGCAGCUGCUUUGAUGAUCCUCGGAGGAGGAUUGCUGUGUUGCAAUUGCCCCAAGAAAGAGAGCAACAACUACAGUGCUCGAUACACGGCUGCUGUAUCUCAACCCCGCAGCGAUUACCCCAGCAAGAACUAUGUUUAAGAGAGUCACGUCAUCGGGAUGAUGCAGUUUCCAUCCUGAAAGCUCAUUACUGGUGGAUUCCCAGAGAGCAGCAGAACUGCAUAAUGAACAUCCCUAUGGAGAACAGAGCAUCCUGCUCCACAAUUUUCCAACAUUUCUGGCCCAUCAGUAUUUUUUUCUCUCUCACUGUUACCACUAAAUAGAUUUAUUCCCACGUAUUUCAGCUCUUCUUUUGAAGAGAAUCCUUGAUUUAUGAUAGAAGAAUUCAGUAUAGGUAGAUAGGUAUUGAAUCAAUGUCCUAUUUUCAAGUAGUUUGUGAUAAAUGCCAUUGGGUGUUGUUGCCCUCUCCCCUCCAUUACACAAUCCCAAAUAGCCUGUAAUUGCUCAGAGAACGUAUCCUGUUCAAUAGGGUGAUAUGGGGUGGGGUGGGGGAGAAAUGGUUACUCUAUAUCUAUGUUUUUGAAGCUGUGACGUGUUGUAUAGUAUUUUAUGAAGAAAUGGGAUGUGGCCUUUUAGACCUGUUGUUUUUAAUUUUUUUGCAAUUGCUCUUGCAUGCAUUUCAUACCAAAAGCCAGUUUUUUCCUCUUUUUUUAAAAAAAAAUAUAUAACCUGAAUAAAAUUAAUGCUUUUGUAUAUA